CGCGGGCCGCGCUGCCUACGUCGACGCCUAUCGUCAUUAUUAUCCGCGCCCUCGCAGCCUCACAUCGACUCCGGCAACAACAACAACAACAAUAUCAAGUUGAACAACAACAACGACGAAGAGGACGCAAUCUCACGCAGCUGCGAGAGCGCGGGGACGGCUAGGGAUUCUGCCUUCAUGGCGACGCUCAUCUUCCCUGCUGUUUCCUCCUCUGUUACUGCACGCCACAGCCUCGCAGCCAGCCUCGAGGCCGUUGCGCCUUGGCGCAGACCGCCCAGUGGCUCCCCUGGUCCCUCCUCUCUAGGUAUUUUCUCUGGCCUCGCAUCGAUUGGGUUGGAAUUCGGGUAGAGCAGUAGGGCUGUUGGGUCCUCUCUGGGGAGUGUGUGCCAGCUGGGUGACGAUGUCUCGCGGUACAUGAGUGUAUUUUGGUUUCGGGCUUCUCGUUCGUGGCUGAGGAGUAUCCCGUUUUCAUGGAUUUCAAUUAACAGCUGAAGUGAGAGCUUUAAGGUCGCAGAAUUCGAUAAUGUUGGGGGGAAAGAUUUCUGCAACUUCCGUAGUAAACAACACAGGCGUGAAGCAGUACAGCUUACCGACUUGGGCAGAUUUUGAGAUGGGGCGUGCCACAGUCUUUUGGGAAACCAACAAUGGCCAAAAACCGACAUCUGGUCAACUUCUUACUAUCUACUUCAAUUCGUCUGCAAGUAGUCUGACACCUAAUUCCGAAUAUGGGAUUGGAUUCAACGGAGGUUUCAAUCAGCCUAUUAUGUGUGGUGGAGAGCCGCGUAUCAUGGCGAAGAAGGAACGAGGAAGCCUUUGCACUCCUAUAUAUUCCAUUAAAAUAAACGUGCCCUUACACGCAUUGACUUUGGAAUUUUCUUUUACCGAUGGAAAGGACUGGGAUGGCCCAUAUAAGUUGGUCAUGGACGUACCUCAGAAAUUAAAAGGCUUGCCUCAGAGCUACUUCGACGAGGGUCUUGCAAAGGAACUUGCCCACGAAGGAGCCUGUGAAAAUGCGAUUUAUCCUGAGGCUGUAUUUAUUCAAGAUCGUUGCGUCUUCCCGGCAGGAAUGAUUCAAGAAGGGGGAGAUAGGUGUGAUCUGGAUAUUGUGCCCGGUUGCACCGAUCCGGAGUCGCCAUUCUAUGACCCACUUGCAAAUGUGGACGAUGGAUCUUGUCCAUAUAUUGUUGACGAAGAGAAUUAGGUGGCUCGGUAAGAAUUUGCUGCAAAUUGUCGCACUGAAUCCGCCAAUCGGAGCUGGCAUCGUCCCAUUGCAGAUCGGCGGCGGUGUUAUAUCGUAUAGUUUCAGCGUCACAUAGUGGUGGUGACAGUACGAGCAUACUGGAGAUACUGUCUUAUAAUGUAUUCUAGUGUAGGGCAACUGUCAUGAAUUCGUGAGUUACGUCUCAAUGAUUAUAUUGGAGCAUACAUGGCGAGGAUUAGAGAUUAGAUUGUAUAUUAAAUAUAUGUAUUUAUGUCAGCGAUCGAAUCACAAUCAAAAGGAGCGUAGUCCUAAGCGCAAACAACGAAGAAAUGACGGCAAGUACCUAAUCUCUCCAUCUCCUAUGAUAAAUUACUGGAACGUUCUGUUACAGUACUGGCUUGUACCUCUCUUCUCAAUCAUGGUGCCUUCAAGUCUUGCAGAUUGUUCUGGGUACUGGUAUACUUCUUGUUA